AAAAUGUUUUAAACAAUCGUUUAUCUGAUUUUAUUAUAGAUUUAAAUCAUUAUACGCAUUUAUUUAUUUAAAAUGUUGUACGGAACCUUCAUUUUGCUCCUCGGAAUGUUUUCUCAAAGCCGAGCUGUUCAACGUGAAACGGUUUAUGUUCGUAAUUACGAACUUACCUUAUUCACUGGCAUUGAUGAUGCCACAAAUCAUGUACGUGCUCGGUUAGCGUGUACAGUUUGGAAACCUCGUUCUCACUUGGUUUAUAUCAAAGACGAACAAGUUCAAAAUGCCGUCGAUGAUUUGUUAGAAGCCUGGGGUUACCCAAAUGUGUGGAUAGGAGCAAGUGACUUCAACAAAGAAGGCAUCUGGGUAUGGGAUGAUGGAACACUCGUAGAUACUGGAUUUACAAACUGGGAGCCGGGUCAACCUUUUCGUGUUGCCGACGAUAUGGAUUGCUUGGCUCAUUGGAAUCAUACAUGGAACGAUAAAUAUUGUCGCCAUUAUUAUGGUUACAUUUGUCAGAUAGAUACUUCAGAUAUUUCAGCUUCGUUUUAUUCGGAUUUAACAUUCAGUUUUUCGUCGAGCAAAGGUAACGCAUCAACAGCGUUGACAUUUAAUAAAGCCAAACAGCAUUGUGAAAAACAAGGAAGUCGACUUGUCAAAAUCGGAAACGAAAGACUGUAUAAAAAAAUACAAAGUGAAUUGAAAAGUGACCCGAAAAGGAAAUGUUGGGUUGAUGUCGAAAACCCUCCAAAAAGGAAAUGUGUCGCAUUGACACACAAUAGAUGGGAAAGUCGCGAUUGUCAAGAAAAACUAGAAUUUGCAUGUGAAAAAAUUUUUCCAUGGAAUGUAAAAGUUUCUGACGACAAUCCCAGAAUCACAGAAACAACAAAUUUGGAAAUUGAAUGCACUGCUUCAGGUUUUCCUGUUCCAAAUCUUAGUUGGCACCGUGAUGCCGUAGAAGUCAAAGAUGAAGUUAGUGAACGAGUAUAUCAAACAAAAUCUUCCGGAAAGUCUGUCUUGUUUAUCAAAAACGCAAAAUUAGAAGAUUCCGGAAAAUAUCAAUGCUUUGCUUCAAAUAACAUGAUCCGUUCUGCAAGAAGUUUUACAAUAGUCGAAGUUUACGACAAAGAGUUUGAUUUGACUUCUCUAUCGGAAGUGGCGAUUUAUGGGGGACAACAAGGAUUUUACGCAUUGCAAAAACAGUUAUCAAGACCAAAGAUGGCAAUGUCUUAUGCACAGAAACCCGAACCAAGUUUACGUAAAUUAAAUUUUAUUAUCGAUCAAUUGUAGAAUAUAGCAUU